CAAACUGUGAGAUUAUGACCUGAGCCAAAGUCGGAUGCUUAACUAACUGAGCCAUCCAGACACCUCAAAACCUACUCACCACUUUAAACAUUCUGGAAAAUUAUGUUCCUAGGACUGAAAACUGGGACUUUGAACAUACCUUUCCUUAUGUUAGACCCAGUCACUUUUGCUUUCAUCUAGUUUCUGGUAGCAUCUGGCCAGAUGUAGGAACAUCUCUUUGGAUUGGUGAGGAUGAGAGGAGGCAAUAUGGUGACACAGAGGACAAAGGAAGGCUCGGAAGGCUGCAGGGAGAGGAGGGAGACUGAGUAGGGGACUUGACCCUUGGUGACUUGGCCAAGAAGUAAUGCCAGCAGGGGAUGCAUUAACACUUUCACCUCUUUCAAGCUUCUCGCCCUCCUGACCUUAUAAUUAUGGCUCUCAAUGUCCUGUUGAUGUGAGACCCAGGACCAUUGCUCUGCUCAAGGCUUUUCACUCCCUCAUCCACCGGGGUCCUCACCAGGCUUACUACAGAUGGCAGUCUCUUCCUCAGCCCUUCACCCUGUAGUACCCAUGGAAAACAGGAAGGAAACACAUGCUGGUUGAAAUGGUAAGACUUAGUUUUUAUAUUCUCAUGUGUAUUAUGUUUCUGCUUUGCUCGGGUCAGGAUGAAAGUUACCCAUUUAGGUUAUGUCAUUGGAGAGGCAUCUGAACUUUCUGGGCUUUGGUUCCACUUGCUCCCAGCAAGACUUCCAGUCUUAUUUGAUAAAAAGCAAAACAAACACAACCUUUGUCUCCUGUCUAUCCCAGACUGAGAAGUCUUCUAGCCCAAUCUGCAUUUUCUACUUUUAAAUCCAGGGAUGCUUUGGUAUACAUAGCCUCAUAUACUUUGAGGGAGAGGGUGAAAUCUGUAUUUCUUUUUUAUAUAUAACUGAUUUUUAUGUUUUACUGUUUUUGAGAGACACAGAGAGGGGAGGGGCAGAGACAGGGAGACAGAAGAUCUGAAGCUGGCUCUGCCCUGUCAGUGCAUUUCUUAAAUAGUGGUUCCCACGGACCAGUUCAAAAAAAUUGGAAAACUGACAUGUAUUUGUCGACCUUUAAUGUUCCCAAGUAAGGAUAUUGAAUAGAGAAGGACAGAAAACUCGGCAACCAGUCACUUACUGCUACGAUUUCUUAAAGAGAAAAGACAUUUUUGUAUUCAAUUAGGAAAGGCAUAACCUUGGAAUAAAGAACAGUUCUUUACAUAUAGUAAAUGUAUGAGAAAACUCACUAUUAUUCUUCUUUCUCCAUUUCCCCAAGGAUGAGUGAAAACUUGAUGUUACCAAUCAACAGAGCAAUGUUUUGGCAACCUCUGAUCUAAACCACCUUUUAGUCCCUUCAUACUAAGUCACUGCUUCUCUGUGCAAGAAAUAAGCCUUAGCAAAACUAUCAGUAGAGCAAACAGAGACAAACUCAUAAGGAAAACCUCUGGUUAAGAAGGUAUUUAAAAAAAAAAAAUCCCGGUGGUGCUCCAUACAUGGCUGUUCUCUGGGCUUUUAACUUUUUACUGGCAUAUUACUAGGACAGUUGAUGACUGCCCACUAUGAAUGCAGAGCCCCAGGCUUCCUCUUUUGUUUUGUUUUGUUUUGUUUUGUUUUUGGAUGACUGGUCAGUUAUAAUUUUCCAAAAAGGGUAUUACUAGAAAAUUGGAAAAAAGUGAAAUUAAAAAGAAAAUCCCGAAGCACAAAAAUAAAUGUUUUUAGAGCACUCGUUUCUUACCCCACGUUGUCAACUGCCGAUUGUCGUGACUGCCCUGCUUUCCAGGUUCUUGGGAUCCUGAUUUCUUUCCUCAGCGUGGUCACCUUUGGUCUGCUUGAGACAUUCAUCAGUUGGUAGUUUGAGUGGGUUGCACCUCUAGGUGAAGCCUAAUUAUAAGUGUAGAGUGUAGCCUUGUCUCACCAGUGGCGCUGGCUCCCACCAGGCUUCUGGGAGUUUUCUGCUACAGGUCAGUUCCCCUCUGGUGGCUACAGGGACUGUCCCCUGCUUCCUGUUUCAGAGGCCUGGGUAGAGGCCCGUUCAGUUCCCGUUUCAGGCUUGCAGGAUAAAAUUGGUUCAGGGCUUCUUUGUGAAGCAGUGGGGGAUUGACACACUCAAAGCCCAAUGAAUGUGCAAAUUUCCACCAACAGGUAUCAGUUGUUUCUGCUUUCCAAGUUGUUGCCCCAAGUAGUCCCUUCAGACCCCACUCCACUCUGCGUGGGCCGAGAUGGAAGUUGAGAGUGUGGUAAAUGGAGGGGCGGGGGAGCAGUGUUGCAGGAACCCACAGCUCUGUGGAUGGCGGGAAGAAAUCCGGAACCCACAGCCUUGGGAAGGUGCUUCUUGAAAACAGCCUUGUCGUCCUGUAAUUUGGAUAUAGAUAUCGCUGUGGUGGAGAUGAGUGACGCCUUCCGACAGCCAUCAUUGUUUUACCACCUUGGGGUCAGAGAAAGUUUCAGCAUGGCCAACAACAUCAUCCUCUACUGUGAUAAUAAUUCAGACUCUCUGCAGUCCCUGAAGGAAAUCAUUUGCCAGAAGAAUACUAUGUGCACUGGGAACUACACAUUCGUUCCUUACAUGAUCACUCCACAUAAUAAAGUCUACUGCUGCGAUAGCAGCUUCAUGAAGGGGUUGACAGAGCUUAUGCAACCGAACUUCGAGCUGCUUCUUGGACCCAUUUGCUUACCUCUUGUGGACCGUUUCAUUCAACUUCUGAAGGUAGCACAAGCAAGUUCCAGCCAGUAUUUCCGGGAAUCUAUACUCAAUGAUAUCAGGAAAGCUCGUAAUUUAUACACUGGUAAAGAAUUGGCAGCUGAAUUGGCAAGAAUUCGGCAGCGAGUAGAUAAUAUUGAAGUCUUGACAGCAGAUAUUGUCAUAAACCUGUUACUUUCCUACAGAGAUAUCCAGGACUAUGAUUCUAUUGUGAAGCUGGUAGAGACGUUAGAAAAGCUGCCAACCUUUGAUUUGGCUUCCCAUCACCAUGUGAAGUUUCAUUAUGCAUUUGCACUGAAUAGGAGAAAUCUCCCUGGAGACAGAGCAAAAGCUCUUGAUAUUAUGAUUCCCCUGGUGCAAAGUGAAGGGCAAGUUGCUUCAGAUAUGUAUUGCCUAGUGGGCCGAAUCUACAAAGAUAUGUUUUUGGACUCUAAUUUCCUGGACACUGAAAGUAGAGACUAUGGAGCUUCUUGGUUCAAAAAGGCAUUUGAAUCUGAGCCAUCACUACAGUCAGGAAUUAAUUAUGCGGUCCUUCUCCUGGCGGCUGGGCACCAGUUUGAAUCUUCCUUUGAGCUCCGGAAAGUUGGGGUGAAGCUAAGUAGCCUUCUUGGUAAAAAGGGAAAUUUAGAAAAACUCCAGAGCUACUGGGAAGUUGGAUUUUUUCUCGGUGCCAGUGUCCUGGCCAAUGACCACAUGAGAGUCAUCCAAGCAUCUGAAAAGCUUUUUAAACUGAAGACGCCAGCAUGGUACCUCAAGUCUAUUGUAGAGACAAUUUUGAUAUAUAAGCAUUUUGUGAAACUGACUACAGAGCAGCCUGUGGCCAAACAGGAGCUGGUGGACUUCUGGAUGGAUUUCCUGGUGGAGGCCACAAAGACAGAUGUUACCGUAGUUAGGUUUCCGGUGUUAAUAUUAGAACCAACUAAAAUCUAUCAGCCUUCAUAUUUGUCUAUCAACAAUGAAGUUGAGGAAAAGACAAUAUCUAUUUGGCAUGUGCUUCCUGAUGACAAGAAAGGUAUACAUGAGUGGAAUUUUAGUGCUUCUUCUGUCAGGGGAGUGAGUAUUUCUAAAUUUGAAGAACGAUGCUGUUUUCUUUAUGUGCUUCAUAAUUCUGACGAUUUCCAAAUCUAUUUCUGUACAGAACUUCAUUGUAAAAAGUUUUUUGAAAUGGUGAACACCAUUACCGAAGAGAAGGGGAGAAGCACAGAGGAAGGUGAUUGUGAAGGUGACUCCUUGGAGUAUGACUACGAAUAUGAUGAGAACGGAGACAGAGUUGUUUUAGGAAAGGGCACUUACGGGAUUGUCUACGCAGGCCGAGACCUGAGCAACCAAGUCAGAAUUGCUAUAAAGGAAAUCCCAGAAAGAGAUAGCAGAUACUCCCAGCCCCUACAUGAAGAAAUAGCAUUGCAUAAGCAUCUGAAGCAUAAAAAUAUUGUCCAGUAUCUGGGCUCUUUCAGUGAGAACGGUUUCAUCAAAAUCUUCAUGGAGCAGGUCCCAGGAGGAAGUCUUUCAGCUCUCCUUCGUUCCAAAUGGGGCCCAUUGAAGGACAAUGAGCAAACAAUUGGCUUCUAUACAAAGCAAAUACUUGAAGGAUUAAAAUACCUCCAUGACAAUCAGAUAGUCCAUCGGGAUAUAAAGGGUGACAAUGUGUUGAUUAAUACCUACAGUGGCGUUCUCAAGAUCUCAGACUUCGGGACAUCAAAGAGGCUUGCUGGCAUUAACCCAUGUACUGAAACUUUUACUGGUACCCUUCAGUAUAUGGCACCAGAAAUCAUAGACAAAGGACCAAGAGGCUACGGGAAAGCAGCAGACAUUUGGUCUUUGGGCUGCACGAUCAUCGAAAUGGCCACAGGGAAGCCACCUUUUUAUGAACUGGGAGAACCACAAGCAGCUAUGUUCAAGGUGGGAAUGUUUAAAGUCCACCCGGAGAUCCCAGAGUCCAUGUCCGCAGAGGCCAAGGCGUUCAUAUUGAAAUGUUUUGAACCGGACCCCGACAAGAGAGCCUGUGCUAACGACUUGCUUAUUGACGAGUUCUUAAAAGUUUCAAGCAAAAAGAAGAAGACGCAACCUAAGCUUUCAGCCCUCUCAGCUGGAUCAAAUGCAGAGUAUCUUAGAAGCAUAUCCUUGCCCGUGCCCGUCUUGGUGGAGGACACCAGCAGCAGCAGCGAAUACGGCUCGGUUUCUCCGGACACGGAGUUGAAGGUGGAUCCCUUCUCUUUCAAGACGAGAGCCAAAUCCUGUGGAGAGCGAGACGUAAAAGGAAUACGGACACUCUUUCUGGGCAUUCCAGACGAAAAUUUCGAAGACCACAGUGCUCCACCCUCCCCUGAAGAGAAAGAUUCUGGAUUCUUUAUGCUGAGGAAGGACAGUGAGAGACGGGCCACUCUUCACAGGAUCCUGACCGAAGACCAAGACAAAGUUGUGAGGAACUUAAUGGAAUCUUUGGCUCAGGGGGCUGAAGAACCUAAACUAAAAUGGGAACACAUCACAACCCUCAUUGCAAGCCUCAGAGAAUUUGUGAGAUCCACGGACCGAAAAAUCAUAGCCACCACACUGUCUAAGCUGAAGCUAGAACUUGACUUUGACAGCCAUGGCAUCAGUCAAGUUCAGGUGGUACUCUUCGGUUUUCAAGAUGCCGUCAAUAAAGUUCUUCGGAAUCAUAACAUCAAGCCACACUGGAUGUUUGCCUUAGACAGUAUCAUCCGAAAGGCGGUGCAGACGGCCAUCACCAUUCUGGUGCCAGAACUGAGGCCACAUUUCAGCCUCGCAUCUGAGAGUGAUACCGCGGAUCAAGAAGACUUGGAUGCGGAAGAUGAGCGUGAGGAACAGCCUUCAAACCAAACCGUCCAAAGACCUCAUGCUGUCAUUGAAGAUGCCGUGGCUACCUCAGGGGUGAGCACGCUCAGUUCUACUGUAUCCCAUGACUCCCAAAAUGCUCACCGAUCACUCAAUGUGCAGCUUGGAAGGAUGAAAAUAGAAACUAAUAGAUUACUGGAAGAAUUGGUUCAGAAAGAGAAAGAAUUACAAGCACUCCUUCAUCAAGCUAUUGAAGAAAAAGACCACGAAAUUAAACACCUGAAGCUUAAGUCCCAACCAAUAGAUAUUCCUGGAGUGCCUGUGUGUCACCGGGAUUCUCUGGGCACAAAUGCUGAAGAGUCUGAACUUGCUGAAUGGCUGAGAGAAAAGGGAGCUGAUGAAGACACUAUAAGUCGGUUUCUGGCUGAGGAUUAUUCACUAGAGGAUGUUCUCUACUAUGUUACACGUGAUGAUUUAAAAUGCCUGAGACUAAGGGGAGGAAUACUCUGCACGCUGUGGAAGGCCAUCACUGACUUUCGAGACAAACAGACUUGACCGUCGCUCAGUUUGUUUCCAACCUUCCGUGGAGACUCCAGCAAUACGGAACGGAUCUUCUUGGGGGAGGGAGAGGAGAAAGAAGCUGCACUUUAAAUCCAGUAUUUGUUUACUCGUGUUAAAAAAGAAAAAAAAGACAAAAUACACUGAACUGCUUCUAUUUCUAGAAUUCAUAAGGACUCUUUGUAAGGACUCUCCAAAAAUAAUCCUACACAUUAGGAUGCUGAGGACUAUUUUAGUCUAAACAUUUUUAUGGAGAUAUUUUUAACUCGGCACCUGUUGCACCUCAGCCCAAUGUUUAUUUCACACGAAACAGAACAUUUCAUGGGAUUGUGCAUCACUGGAACAAAACCAAAAUGUGACCAUGACUUUGUAGGCUUAUGUGUGUUUGUAAGAUACUCUGAGUAGAAAUGCAUAAUUUCAGUUAUUGUAUAAAGUUUAUGUGUUUUUUUUUAAGUGUGCAGAAUCUGCAAGCAAUGGUUUUUACUUACCUAUAUCUGUAUUAAUUGUAAUAUCGACUAUAUUUUGUAAUUUAAGUUUCUGGCCCCUAGUACCUUCGAGUCGUUUAUGUACUACUGAACUGUACCAGUUGCACAUGCCUGAACCAUAGUAAUGUUAGCUUGUUCUAAAGCUAUCCAUUGUGUCAUAUUUACUCUAGUAAAUAAAAAGACUCUUCACAUACUGUUUGAUAAA